CUGGACAGGGGUUGUGGGUAGACCGGGAGUGGGUGCAUCCACCGGCACAAUAUUGCCGAUAUUCCCCGCCCUGGAAAUGACGGCAAGUGCGGUCCAGGCUCUCUAAUGGCGCCACGGCUGGAGAUUGGACCCUUGAGAGGGUCUCUUCACCUUGCAUAUUAAUUUUUUUUUCAUUAGCUCAUCAACGAGUUCAUGAUGCAUACCUUGAUCAUGGCGACACGACAAAAUCCGACCUUGGGCCCCGCUGUUCAGCAUCGUAUUUCUGCGCAAUACCGGACCACUGAUUAAUGACAAAGCUUCUCCCCCCCGUAAUCCAUAUUCAGAGAGGUAUCCUAACUAAACCUUUGUGGAACACAACCCUGAGCUUGCAAUGAGUGGCCUCCAAGCCAUCAGGUAUUCGCGGGGUAAGUUGGAGGUUCUGGACCAGCUCAGGCUUCCCCACGAGGAGCACUAUGAUGUGGUCUCGACAAGCGAGGAAGCCUUCGACUGCAUCAGGUCUAUGCGAGUCCGAGGCGCACCGGCGAUAGCCAUCGUUGCGGCUCUCGCGCAUUCUGUGGAACUUCAUAACGGGCGCUGUUCGGCCGACACUGCGCAGGAGGUCAUCUCCCAUAUCGACUCAAGGCUAGACUACCUCAAGGCGAGCCGUCCCACGGCGGUGGAUCUGUCAAACGCUAUCACGCUCCUCAAGACAGCCAUCAGGGCAGCUCGGGUCGAAGGGUUGGCGCACCCCGAAGCGCGGGAGACCAUCCUCAACGCCUACAUCCAGGCUGCCGAGGCCAUCCUAGAGAAGGACCUGUACAACAACACCCAGAUCGGGACCUAUGGCGCGAACUGGCUCCAGGAGCAGUACAACGCCCGGCCGGGCCACAAGAUCUCGGUGCUGACCCAUUGCAACACGGGCUCGCUCGCGACCUCGGGCCACGGGACGGCCCUCGGGAUCAUCCGCACCCUCCACCAGGAGGGUCUCCUCCAGCACGCAUACUGCACCGAGACGCGGCCGUACAACCAGGGCAGCAGACUGACGUCGUUCGAGCUCGUCUUCGAGCGCAUCCCGGCCACGCUCAUCACGGACAGCAUGGUCGGCGCCCUGUUCUCGCAGCACCGGGAGCGCCAGAGCAUCGGCGCCGUGGUCGUGGGCGCCGACCGCGUCGUCCGCAACGGCGACACGGCCAACAAGAUCGGCACGUAUACGCUGGCCGUGCUGGCGCGGUACCACGGGAUCAAGUUCGUGGUCGCGGCGCCGACGACGAGCAUCGACCUCGAGACCAAGACCGGCGCCGGGAUCAAGAUCGAGGAGCGGAGGAGGGAGGAGAUGACGCAGAUCAGUGGUGCUGUGGUGAAUUCUGACGGCACCGUGGAUCCCAGGCGCACCGAGCGAGUCGCCAUUGCCGACCAGAGAAUUGGGGUGUGGAACCCGGCCUUCGAUGUCACGCCGCACGCACUGAUCGACGCGAUUGUGACCGAGAAUGGCGUGGUGCUUAAACGGGCAGAUGGGGAGUUCAAUUUCAAGGAGGUCAUGCCUGAGCGGUGGGCACAGGUUGUUGGCCGCCAGUGACGGACGGGAGUGGUUUUCUUGAGUCGAGCACACGCAUUAUGUAUCGGUAUUAGGUUGGAUAUAUGGUGGCACAAAAAUACAGACCUUCGUUACUCGACCCACUCACCUCGAGUUGCCUCCUUCUCGUCAUGCUCUAAGCGCGUGCUUGAUGAGCUUCUUGUAUCCCUCAACGGCAGCUUCAAGGUCUCGGACCUGCAACGCCUCGUCGUCGCCAUGAGCGACGAGAAUGUCACCCGGUCCAUAUAGAUACCUGACGUGAUCACCGGCGAGGUUCGCGGCAUCCGUUCCGUAGUUGACGAUGAUCGACUCGAAACCUAUGAAUACGUGAGACACACCGCAGCAGGAUCAAGGAUUGUGCGGCCGACUUACCAUCAACGUCGCAAUUGCACUCGAUAGGCCCAUAACCAUUCGUGCACUCCAUACUCAGCGCC